UGGCGGAAGGAAAAAAAAGGUGGAGAAGCAAGUUCGAACAGGCUCGCAGUCGCGGCGAUGUGUCGUGGUCAGGCACGGAGUACGACGCACUUCGUGGGACCGCCGCCUCGAAGAUGUCCGUGAGCAUGCGCUAAAAAAAUCAAGACACCAAGAAUCCCAGCAUGCUGCAGAACUUACGCCGGAAGCUGCGGCGGGACAAGGCGGAAAAAUUAGGGUCUGCCCGCUCCCGUCUGGAACCAUCCGCCAUCGACCACCGCCUCAGCUCCUCAGUGCCAGACAUGCGCGACUUCAAGCAGGACGGCGCUGGAUCCUCCUCACCCUACCUCCGCAAGAGUCCCGCACCCUGCUACAGCAGCCCGAACACACCACUGGCCCAUCCUGCCCGACGAGGUGGCUUAGGUGGAGGAGGAGGAGGAGGGGGAGGAGGAAAUGUAGCCACAGGGAGUGAGCACACACUAAGCGUGCCUGCAGACUACACAGACUGGACGUCCUCUCAGGAGUCGUUCAACAGCAUGCAAAUGGACGAUGGAACCCCAGAGUGGCAUCGGCAGUCGGGCCGAGGAGGCCGUGGCGGUGGUGGAAUAGAGGCUGAGGACUUGGACCUACCCGAAAUGAUAACUGUUUACAACCCAGACACCGAUGCCGGUGCGGACGACAGCUCGCAUGGUGAAAUGGAGUCUACCGGCGUCUUCGAGGGCAGGAAAGAAUCUCUGCGCUCCUUUUUACUCACCAUCAACCUGAAGGAGGGACGCAACCUAGUCAUCAGGGACCGCUGCGGCACCAGUGACCCAUACGUGAAGUUCAAGCUGGAGGGCAAGACAAUCUACAAGAGCAAAGUGGUCUUUAAGAACCUGAACCCCACGUGGAGCGAGAACUUUUCCAUUCCGGUCCGGAACCUCAGCCAGUGGCUCUACGUCAAGGUGUACGACCGUGACCUGACCACCGAUGAUUUCAUGGGUUCGGCCAGCAUCCUCCUCAGCGACCUGGAUCUGGACAAGGUAAACGAGCUGUGUCUGCGUCUGGAUGACCCCAACAGCCUAGAGGACGACAUGGGUGAGAUUCUGAUGGACAUGAGCCUCAGGCGAAGAGAUGGAGACAGCCGACGUGGACUACGCUGGCCACAAAUCCGAAAACGCAGUAGUCUGUUGGGUUCUUUCCAGCAGAGCUCGCGGCUGUCGGCGGAAUUGAGGAAGAGUCAACUGUGGUCUUCAGUGGUGACUGUGACACUGGUGGAGGGUCAGGAUGUUCCUGUGGACUUGCCAACCGGCCAGCUCUUUGUCCGCUUGCGGCUGGGCGAGCAGAGAUACAAGACCAAGAAUGUCAGCAAGGUGUCCAAUCCUCAGUGGAGAGAGAAGUUCACCUUGAACCACUUCCUGGGGAGCCCCAGCAUCCUGGAGGCGGAACUCUGGUCUAAAGAGGGCCGAAGAGCCGAAGAGUGUUUUGGAAUGUGUCAGGUGGAUCUUUCCGGCAUCCCCCCAGAUGAAAGGCAGCUCUUCACGCUGGACUCGGGCCGAGGACGUCUGGUCUUCUUGGUCAUGGUCAGCACCUGUAGCAGGGUCUCCAUCUCAGACCUCUGCGCAGCGCCCCUCGAUGAGCCCACAGAGUGCCAGAACCAGCUGGACAACUAUAGUCUUCCAAGGACCUUGAAGAACCUCAGCGACGUGGGCUUUCUCCAAGUCAAAGUCAUCAAGGCCUGCGACCUGCUGUCUGCUGAUCUGAACGGAAAGAGUGACCCCUUCUGUGUCCUGGAACUCUGCAAUGACACACUGCAGACACACACAGUCUACAAGAGCCUCCAGCCUGAGUGGAACAAAGUCUUCACCUUUCCGGUCCGAGACAUUCAUGAGGUUCUGCUGGCGACCAUCUUCGAUGAGGACGGAGACAAAGCUCCAGACUUCCUGGGAAAAGUGGCCAUUCCUCUGCUCUCGAUCCGCAGGAGGCAGCAGAUCACCAUGCUCCUGAAGAAGGAGGACCUGGGCGAGCUCACCAAAGGAAACAUCACGCUAGAGCUGGAGAUCAUUUUUAAUCCUGUCCGAGCCAGCAUAAGAACAUUCCAACCCCGGGAGCGAAAAUUCAUGGAAGAUAAUCCCAAAUUUUCCAAAAAGGCUUUAACCAGGAAUGUGCAGCGAGUGCAGGCGCUGUACCGGGCCAUCACGUCCACACUGCAGUACGUGAAAAGCUGCUUUCAGUGGGAGAGUGUCCAGAGGAGCCUGCUGGCUUUCUUGGUGUUUCUGUUUACGGUGUGGCACUGGGAGUUCUACGUGCUGCCCCUCAUCCUGGUCAUGCUCAUCUCAUGGAACUACUUCCAGAUCUGCUCUGAACACAUCAGUCAAGACCUGAGCAGUAUGGACGUAGGUGAUGAAGAGGAGGAUGAUGAGAAGGAGUCUGAACGUCGAGGUCUGAUGGAGAAGAUCCACAUGGUGCAGGACAUACUCAUCAGCCUUCAGAACUUCCUGGAUGAGGUGGCCAACUUUGGGGAGAGGAUUAAAAACACGUUCAA